GUCUCUCUCUCUCUCUCAGUCACUUUAAAUUAUUUGAGCAGCCGCAGCGAGAGGAAGUUUUCUUCAACUGCGACGGAGCGUGAAGUUCACGCUCCGGCGGUACUACCUAAGAACUGAUCCAGCUUUGAAAAGAAAAAUGUUGCCUAAGAAUGCUAUUGAGAAGAUCCAAGCAAAUGUGAGCAAGCCUUGCUUCUGGAAGUCUCUCUCUCCAGGACAAACUUGGAAAUCUAAAUCCAUGCUACCGUUAUGGGUACUUUUACGUCGCAGGUUUCGUUUGCCCUUAGCUCAUAAAGUUAUAACUUUUAGUCUCAUGUUUCCUCUUUUGAAUGUAAGUAUUGUUUUGUUGAUUUCUGGGUUUAUUAAGAGGAUAAUUCCGGAAGACUUUGUGAGAAGAACGCGUGGUGCUUUUGAGCACAGAGUGGUGUUUAGUGUUCGUUGGGAAAACUCCUGGCAACUCUGGCUGGAGCGAGAGAAGAACGAGCUGUUUAUGAUAGAAGAAGAUUGGAAUGAGUUUGUAGACGACAAUCAUUUAGGUCCAAAUGAUAAUCUGUUCAUCAAACACGAUGAGACGAUGAAUCUUGAAGUGCAAAUCUUUAAGAAUAAUGGGGUUGAGAUCAUUGAUGUACCUCUUGGAGUUGAACCCGAAACUGAACCAUUUCAUCCUACGCCCAAGAAACCUCACAAGGAGACAACCCCUGCCUCUUCCUUUGCCUCUGGCUCUGGCUGCUCUGCAAAUGGAGGGACAAAUGGCCGAGGAAAACAACGUUCUAGUGAUGUCAAAAACCCUGAGCGAUACCUCUUGAAUCCUGAAAACCCUUACUUUGUGCAAGCGGUGACAAAAAGGAACGACGUUCUGUAUGUGAGCCGACCGGUGGUUCAGAGCUAUCGCUUGAAGUUUGGUCCCGUUAAGUCCACCAUUACCUAUCUUCUUCCCGGGGAGAAAAAAGAGGAAGGCGAGAAUAGAAUCUAUAACGGGAAACCUUGUUUCAGUGGCUGGUCGGUUCUAUGUCGGAGGCACAAUCUGAAUAUCGGAGACUCCGUGGUUUGUGAACUUGAACGCUCCGGUGGUGUGGUUACCGCUGUAAGAGUGCAUUUCGUCAAGAAAGACUAGACCAAUCCUCUCUAGUAACAACAAUAUGUUAUUUACAACUUUCUGUAACAAUGCUAAAUGUGUCAAUUAUGUGUUAGUUUAACAAACUUGUCAAUUCACUUGCAAUCGAAUCGAUUCUAGAGU